UCAGGAAAUUCCACGGACCCUAUGUCAUUAGCGUUAUUCGAUCAUGUAAACGCAUUGUGUGGAAGUUUAUCAGAAUUAUGUACCCCUGCCACCUGUCAAUAUAUGAGUUAUCCGGGAACUGCCAAAGCCUAUUACAUCGAUGAACGAGGAAAGAGGCAUCUCUAUUCAGCUAUGCAAUAUAUGGAUUGUGUGAUGUCAUUUUGUGAGAAGGCAAGCAGAAGUGAAGAACUAUUCCCAACCAAAUACGGUAGUCAAUUUUCGGGUGAUUUCGAGUCCCAUAUCCGACGGGUUAUCCGCCUCCUAUGGCACUGUUGCGGCCAUUUGGCAUCGAAACAUUGGGAUGAAUUGGGUCAACUUGAAUUGCGGCCGCAAUGUGCUUUGGUGAUGGCACACUUGUCGAAACUGAGUAAAACUUUCGCCCUACUCGAUAGUAAAGAUCAACAACUGAUUAACAAUAUGGUACAAACGGUUGGUAUAGUACUGUUAAUUCUUUCCCAAACCAACUUUCAUUGCGGUGCGACGUCCCAACGAUGGAGUCGUGUACCGUCAUCGAAAAGUGGCAGUUGGGGUGGACACCCGACACCGGCAGUGCUUACUUGUAAACCGUAUGCACAAACGUGUUGA